UGAAGACACUUACAGUCCCGAAGGUGUCCGUUAUAACGAGAGUUCAUUGUUUAUGAUACCGUAWCACACAGAGUCGUUAAAAAUUGAUAUUGAUGUCCAUCUAGUUACGAUGUCUGCGGAAAAGUUUAACAUUGAUUCUAACCGUGAAAAACUCUACGAUGACGUCUUCCAUCACAUUCCAUCUUUUGGAAACUACCAAAAAGUGGUGUAUUUUGGUACAUCUUUCUUGAAUUUCCUGCUUGGGCCACAGUUUGGUCUGUUAGUUUUUGCAAUGGGAAGCCCACGUUUUCAGUGUGCCACGCCCAACGUGACGUGUGAMRUCAACAAGUGUUGUUCAAAUUGUACAUCGUACGAGUUUCUUGACGGCCAGUUUACUUCUAUUGUCACUGAGUGGAAUCUCAUCUGUGAUCGUGCAUAUAUCCAAGCUGUUAUUCAAUCUUGUUUCUUUGCUGGAAUGAUGGUAGGAUCCGUUAUUGGAGGCAUAGUGUCAGACGCAUUUGGGAGAAAAACGUGUAUGUUCUUCAACUGUGCAUUACUGGUUACAGUUGGUGUCGCCUCGUCCUUUGCCGACUGUCUGUCAUUACUCGGUCUUCUUCGUUUCUUUGUCGGGUUCUCUAUGAUUUCAUUCAUGCUUUCUGCAUACGUUUUUGCAAUCGAGUUACUCGGCCCCAGACGACGAGCGAUGGGUGGGCAAAUCAAUCACGUGUUCUGGUCACCAGGCUACUGCUCGACGGCAUUGAUUGCUUACUUCGUGAGGGACUGGAGAUAUCUUGUCGUUGCCAUGACAGUGUCUCCUGCACUGUUCUUGCUCUUCUUUAAGGUAUUUCCAGAGUCUGCGCGAUGGCUCAUCGCACACAAUCGACUAGACGAAGCAGAAAGUGUGCUGAUGAAAUGCGGUGGAAGGAAAGGUGAACCAGUCAACCAAACUGCUUUAAGGACUCUUAUUCAGGAAAUAAGAAGAGACCAAGUUGAAAGAGAAAAACACGUGAAGAAAUAUACUGUGAUCGACCUUUUCCGCACACCAAAACUUCGUAAAAGAUCGAUUAUCCUUGCUUUUAAUUGGUUUGUUGUGGCUCUUGUUCAUUUUGGGUUUUAUUUGUACGUGACAAACCUGGCUGGCAGUCUUUACAUAAACUACUUCAUCAUGAAUAGCAUUUAUGUACCACAGCUGUUCUUGUGCUGGUAUCUGAUGCAAAAGUUUGGACGUCGUCUUCCCUAUGGUACAUAUAUGAUUGGCACAGGAGUUGCUAGCAUUCUCAUUGUUGCAGUACCAGAAGAUUACCCAGUUGCCAGGACUGUGUUAGCUGUAAUAGGAAAAACCCUCAUCACAACAGAAUUCUCCAACGUGUAUUUGUACACAACUGAACUUUAUCCAACGUUGGUCAGAAAUAGCGCCAUUGGUAUGGGUUCCAUGAGUGCUCGUGUAGGAGGGAUUCUUGCUCCUUACGUUGUUAUGCUGGCCAAUCUCCCCGGUCUAAGUCUAACCCUCCCAACGACAAUUUUCGGAGUUUGUGCGUUGGCUGCUGGCAUUCUCUCUCUUUGGCUGCCUGAGACACUGAAUACAAAACUACCACAGACCAUCGAGGAGGCUGAAGAGAUGGCGGAGCAUUAUGGGAUACCAGGGUGUGGUCGGCUUUGUAGAAAACGCCAUGGAACGCUAUCGCUUGGAGAUGAAGACGAGAAAUUAUAGAUAACGGAUCCAGCUUAAGAGAAACAGGCUCUGUUGCGAGGACAAAAACUAUGGCCUACAGUGAAGAUGAGUUGGAAAUAAGUGUCUUGUAGAAGUAACGUCAGAUGGAAACGGAUAAUGUUAUGUGUUGAAGAACGAAACUGAGGAGACUAAGGCAGGAGACUUGUUUUAACCAGCCCGAGAGCAUACUUGUAACUCUGUUAACAUUUUUAUAUCGGCAAGAUUGACUAAGAUAAUAUAUUUUUACAAAUCUUUGUCAAUUGUUUUUUAUACGUUAAUAUGUUAAACAUAUAUUUCUAGAAAUAAACGAAUAUUUUU